AUGGGACAGCAGCAAUCUUCACCAGGCGGAAGCGGCCCGUCACAGCCCCCAAAAGACCAGCAAGAAAAGAACCUGAAUCUAAAGAAAAAGAAGCGAGUACGCGGCCCAGAAACUCUGUCGAAGCUACCCCAAAUCUUCCCACAGGCAAAGUGCAUGCUAAGGCAGAUAAAGCUGGAAAAGAUACGAGACUAUCUUGCCCUAGAAGAGGGCAUUUUAGCGUAUCAGUCCGCCACGGUAAAAGAAGGGGAAGAGACAUUCACAAGCGAGCGUGCUGCAGUCGACAAAUUCCGAGGGUAUCCCAUGAACUUGGGCACGCUUGAAGAGUUUAUAGAUGAGUCGCAUGCGAUUGUAAGCACCAGCUCCGGCCAGGAGUACUACGUUCCCAUUUACUCGUUUGUGGACAAAGACGCGCUUGAGCCUGGCUGCACAGUUCUUCUGAACAGCCGGGAAAGCGGGGUUGUUGGCGUUCUGGAGGGAGAGACAGACCCUCUUGUCAGCGUGAUGAAGCUGGAGAAGGCUCCUGUCGAGACGUAUGCGGACAUCGGGGGACUUGAGCAGCAGAUCCAGGAAAUAAAAGAGGCUGUGGAGCUCCCUCUGACAAACCCGGAGCUGUACGAUGAAAUGGGCAUAAAGCCCCCGAAGGGCGUGAUUUUGUAUGGAGAGCCCGGAACGGGAAAGACCCUUUUGGCAAAGGCCGUUGCAAACCAGACCUCGGCCACUUUCCUGCGAAUUGUGGGCUCAGAGCUUAUACAGAAGUAUCUUGGAGAGGGCCCAAAGCUUGUCCGGGAGCUGUUCAAGGCUGCGGAAAUGUAUGCACCCACCAUCAUCUUCAUCGAUGAAAUUGAUGCAAUUGGGGCAAAGCGGUACGACACAAACUCAAACGGAGAGAAGGAAAUUGAAAGGACAAUGUUGGAGCUUCUGAACCAGCUCGACGGAUUUGACACUUCGUCCGACAUAAAGGUGAUUAUGGCGACAAAUAGAAUUGAAAGCCUGGAUCCUGCGCUUAUUAGGCCGGGCCGAAUCGACAGGAAAAUUGAGUUUCCAGUCCCCGACAUCCAGACAAAGCGAAAAAUAUUUGGAAUUCACACGACAAGAAUGACGCUUUCGAAGGACGUGGUUUUGGACGACAUGAUUGGGACGAAUGAGGACUUGAGCGGAGCCGAUAUAAAGGCAAUAUGCACGGAGGCAGGGAUGCUGGCCUUGCGCGAGAGGCGGAAACAGGUUACAAUGCAGGACUUUGCAAAGGCAAAGGAGAAGGUGCAGGCAACCAAAUUGGAGGCUAUUCCCAUUUCGCUCUACGCCUAG